UAUGUGACAGGAAGCGGAGGAGGAAUACAGUCAGCUGGUUUCCUAAACAAAUUAAGGAAUUGAUCGCCUCAGAAAGAAACGGUUACCUGAAAGAAGGUGUAGUUAAACCAGCCAGAACAAUUGGUACAUGUGACGCUGAGCACAGGCUGGAGAUUUGGCACACUGUCGAACUUGGAGCCAUGUGCAACUAAGGCUCGUGAGGUCCCGGUAAUGUGCCAUGGGCUACGACGUCACCAGGUUCCAGGGGGAGGUGGACGAGGACCUAUUGUGCCCCAUCUGCAGUGGGGUGCUGGAAGAGCCUGUGCAGGCACCCCACUGUGAACAUGCCUUCUGCAAUGCCUGCAUCACUCAGUGGUUCUCCCAGCAGCAGAUCUGCCCUGUUGAUCGCACUGUGGUCACACUGGCUCACCUGCGACCUGUACCCCGCAUCAUGAGAAAUAUGCUGUCUAAGCUGCAAAUAACUUGUGACAAUGCCGUUUUUGGCUGCAAGGCUGUGUUGCGCUUAGACCAGCUGCAGUCACACCUGAAGGACUGCGAGCACAACCCUAAGAGGCCAGUCACGUGUGAGGAGGGCUGUGGCCUCGAGAUGCCGAAGGAUGAGCUGCCAAGUCACAACUGCAUUAAACACCUGCGCAGUGUGGUGCAGCAGCAGCAGUCCAAGAUUGCCGAGCUGGAGAAGACCGCAGCUGAGCACAAACACCAGCUUGCUGAGCAGAAACGGGACAUCCAACUUUUAAAGGCCUACAUGAGGGCCAUACGCAGUGCCAACCCCAACCUGCAGAACCUGGAGGAGACUAUUGAGUACAAUGAGAUCCUAGAGUGGGUGAACUCUCUCCAACCAGCCCGUGUGACGCGCUGGGGAGGCAUGAUCUCUACUCCGGAUGCUGUCCUCCAAGCAGUGAUCAAACGCUCGCUGAUUGACAGCGGCUGCCCGCUGUCUAUUGUGAACGAUCUUAUUGAGAAUGCACACGAGCGCAACUGGCCACAAGGCCUGGCCACACUGGAGACGCGGCAGAUGAACCGACGCUACUAUGAAAACUACGUGGCAAAACGCAUUCCGGGCAAGCAAGCAGUGGUGGUGAUGGCCUGCGAGAACCAGCACAUGGGCGAGGACAUGAUCCUGGAGCCAGGGCUUGUCAUGAUCUUUGCUCAUGGGGUUGAAGAAAUACUAUAGUACAGCGGGAUGGAGACGGGGCUUGGAAAGGGUCUGAAGAGUGUGAAGGGAAGAGGCCGUUGGUCCAUUUUGAAUGGAGGCCCUUCUGCAAAUUUUGUCAGGUUUGAUGUCUUGGAAUCACUUUUAGGAAGUGCUAUACCAGAUUUCAUAUCCCUGGAGAUUUGCUGGGAGGUUUCUCAGUGAUAUGAGAGAGGAAACAAAACGGCAUUGAAGCCACACUGAAGCAUGAGGUGGACACCUAUCUGCCUUAAAUCAUUUACAGAACAGGACCAGUAACCAAGCAGCUUAUUUCACUUACCCAUAAACAGGCAGCAUUAAUGAAAUGUGAAUUUAAUCUAAGGAAACUGACAGUAAAAUCUUAAAGACUUCAGCUCUAUCUGCCUUCAGUACCUGUAUAACCACCACCAGGGACUCCUGUGCUUCAGGCUUGUGGAACCCUCUUUUGGGUGCCCCGCUUCCAGUAUACUUCCAGUUAUGUGGAUGUGGUAACAAAAAAUCCCUUAAUAUAUAUAUUGUAUGGGAAUAGACAUAUAUUACUAUUGUGUACACUUUGUGUGUAAUAUAAUCAAACAAGCUAUUUUUGCGAUCAUAUUUUAUUUCUUUGAGUAUUUGUGUGUUUUGGUUGGCACCGCAGUACCUCUGGAUGCUUUAAGUUGAAGGAAGCUUAGGAGCCCAUGGUUCCCCGCUGGGCAUGUAACUUAAUAUUGCUGAGGCUUUGGCAAGCGUUGGGAUUUCCUCAGCGGAAAAUGAACAGAGGAGAAGACAAUAAAAGGAAUCAAUUUGCACCAUUGUCCUUCUGUUUCAGCGCUAUGGCAGCAAAACCGCUGUUAACCUGAGACCGCAGUGAGUUGAAAAGGGUAGUUCUUUCUCGUGUUGCGGUGAAGUAAAUCAGUUGGGAUCAACUUCAUAGCCUAAAAUCAUAUCACUUUGAGCUUCCUCUUUUUUUGUGUGUAAAUACUGUAUCCCUGCCAUGGUUGAACUUCACAGUGUAUUUAUUUCACAAGAGCUGUGGGGAGAACACUACACCAGAAGUGAGUGCAGCGUUAGCCAGGUUGGAGGGGCUGCUUCCAGUCACUAAAGAAUGAAGAACACCGCAUCCGGGAUCCCCCUGCUGCAAAUGUGAAGUUCUCAUUCAGGAGAACCAGAUGGCUAGGGAAGGACAGAGGUGGUGGAGGUGGGAGAAUGACUAUGAGCAGAGCUGUCCCAUCAACACAUACCUUAGAAUACCACUGUGAGUCCACAAUGAAGUGGCUAAUGGCACUCCCCAGGGGGAGAGGCAUACAGAACUCGCCCUGAUGAGACUCGCAUCCUUAAGGCUGUACUUAAGAAGAAAAAGAUUAAGGGCUCAUGUCCGUCAGCAUGUGGUUAAAUGGUUGCCCAUGGUAGAAACGAACAGUAUGUAAAAGGAAAGGAGAGCUGUGGAAGAUGGAGUCAAGACACGGACAUUACAUCAUUACUUUGACUGAUCUGUGUGGGUUCCCCCAACUGGUAUGGAUCUCUCCCGUGAAAUACUGUGGUGUGUGUGUGUGUUUUGUUUUUUUUUUUUAAUUUUGUUUCAGAGCAUCACCAAGUGUUGGAUUAAAAUUUUGUAUGUUUUUCUUUUUUGUGCAGUUUAUCCACCUUGCUUUCCAAAAUGUCAAUUUUUUUUUUCUUUUUUUUCCUCGCUUUUCCCCCUUUCCCCGCAGUGUAUAUAGUGAAAGAGAACUGGGUCCAAAUGUAUUGUAAUUGUUUUCUUUGAAAUGACCAAAGUAUUUGACUCACUUUGUGAACACUUGUCUCAUCUUAGUGGUCUAAGCCCCAAACUGCUUUUGUGUUAUGGUUCAAGGCAAAUUGUUUGCCACAGGUAAACUCAACACAGCACAUAUAUGGAAGUGAUUUGGUAGCCUAACUUUACUGUCUGCAAGAGACUUUUUUUUUUUUUAAAAUUUAAAAAAAAAAAAAAAAAACCUCCUUUGCUGUUCUUUGCAUGGAGAGGGAUACUUGUGACAGUGUAAGAUCAAUACACAGUUGCCCUUUAGCCCCAGUCAAGGCCCAGGCUGUACAAGCUGAUGGACACAUUAUUCACAGCGGUUGGAGGUUGGGCUCAGGCACAAGUCCGACAUUCGCCCUUCUCGUACCCUGACGGUUGCCUACAUCUUAGUUUGGUUUAAGUGCUUCUGCAUGCUCAGCAGAGGGUUUUGCUGAAUAUGGAUCUCCAUCAGGGUGAGUGGAUGAGCCAGCAGAGUGUAUACCACCUGAGGCCUCUUGGGGUGUUUGGGUUGCAGUGUGGACAGUGUGACACUGUUUUUAUCAGAAACAUUUUUUGCAGAUGCAGCCCAAUUUGGGAUCCUCCCUAGGACCUUAUUUUUUGUGAAAAGUCAGGGAUGCACAAACUUGUCAGUCAUGUUUUGUGUAGUUCACUCUCUUGCCUUGUGUGGCAUUUUCUGUGUCAGUGCUGUA